GAUCAGCGAAUUUAAACUCUUAUUCCUUAUUUCGAAAUUUCUCAAAGAGCAUCGAAAAACCGGCGCCCUAGGAUUCCCUCACGCGCCGCCGCGCGGACAUUGACAAAGAGGAGAAGAUGACCAAAUGGAGAGCUUCUCGAAGCAUUCCACUCCUAAACUACAACAGGAUUUGCCUCCACCGACGAUUCCAUUUCACUACAUUUCUUUGCAGCGCCCGACCUGCUCAGCCGCAAGCUUCCUUCCGCGGCGGCGCCAGUAACAGCAGCGGAAGUUCACAAGGCAAUUCUUUUUUAGUUCCUGGUGCGACUGUGGCAACGAUACUUAUGCUUGGUGCACUUCAUGUCCGUCGCAUGUAUGAUGAUAAACAGAUUGAAGAGGCCAAGGCUAAGGGUAUCGAAUCAGAGUUUCACCCGGAUGUGAAGGCUAGAUUCUUGAGAUUGCUACCCUUGCGCUCUAUUUCACGGUUUUGGGGCUCCUUGACUGGUGUGGAACUUCCCAUUUGGUUACGGCCAUAUGUAUAUAAAGCAUGGGCUCGAGCUUUUCACUCUAACUUGGAAGAGGCUCAACUACCAUUGGAAGAAUAUGCUAGCUUAAGAGAAUUUUUUGUUCGCAAGUUGAAAGAGAGCUCCAGGCCAAUUGAUUCUGACCCUUGUUGUCUGGUCAGUCCUGUCGAUGGGACAGUUCUAAGAUUUGGUGAGUUAAGAGGACCAGGGGCUAUGAUUGAGCAAGUAAAGGGAUGUUCUUAUUCUGCUUCUUCCCUUCUUGGUGCAAACUCACAUCUUCCCAUGAUUGCCGCAGAAGAUGCUAAUGAAGAUAGUAGCAAGGAAGAGAAAACUGUGAGAGAUGUGAACCAGAAGUCAUGGUGGAGUAUUUCCUUCUUGGCUUCUCCUAAAGUUAGAGAUAAUGCAUCAUCCCGCCCACAGAAAGGCCUCUUCUAUUGUGUAAUUUACUUGAAGCCUGGAGACUACCAUCGAAUACAUUCUCCAGUAGAUUGGAAUCUUCUCCUUCGACGGCAUUUUUCUGGUCAUCUCUUUCCAAUGAAUGAGCGAGCAACGAGAACCAUCAGAAACUUGUAUGUUGAAAAUGAAAGGGUAGUGCUUGAAGGUCAGUGGAAACAAGGCUAUAUGGCUAUGGCAGCAAUUGGUGCAACAAAUAUCGGUUCCAUUGAGCUUUUCAUCGAGCCAACUCUGAAGACAAAUAACCCCCAAGAGAAACUGAUACAUUCAUUGCCGCCAGAUGAACGAUUAUAUGAACCCGAAGGCACAGGAGUGCCACUAAGGAAAGGAGAUGAGGUAGCUGCUUUUAACAUGGGAUCAACCGUGGUGUUAGUCUUCCAAGCUCCUAUUUCCCAAUCUGGUAUCAUCAAAGAAAGCUCGUCCGACUUCAGAUUUUGUAUCAAGAGAGGCGAUAGAAUCCGUAUGGGAGAACCACUGGGUAGGUGGAAUCAAUCUUAAAGGCUGGAGGGUAUUCUCUUGAACAUUCAUCUAAAGCGUUAGGUGUUAGGUUGUUUGUUCAUUCAUCCAUCCCAGGAUUUAAUGUUCAGUUCUUUCAACCUAGAUUGGAAUAUCUUGGUUUGGGAAAGAAAAACUGAUUUUUUCAACGGUAGCUUUUAAUAUAAACAGCUAUUUUUAUUUGCA